AUGCACCCUCUCAAUGAUGAUAUCGACACGAAUAUUGAUUUUAUUGCCAACGAUCCUCUGUAUGUGACCGAAAAACCUUUUGUCAUGCACCCUCUUUCUAGAGGUGGUUUCGAAAAGGCAGGAAUAAAAACUUCAAACGUGCAGUGGGACAGCCAAUUUGUUACAGUCGAAAGCAUGCGUGGUAGAGAAGACAUAAGCCUUGAGACGAAUGGAUUUUGCUACGUCGACCACACAUCGAUAUGCAUCCCAAGAGAAGGGUCGGAGCCGGAAGCAGCUGCAAGCUACUGUAGAGAAAGCGAAGAGUUGCUCAAAGAUUUUUUCAAAGCAGAAUACGUUCAUUGCUAUGAUUUCAAGAUGCGAAAGAAUACUCCUAUGAUAUUAGAGGAAUAUGACCCAAACGACCGCAUGCUCGUGGAAGGAGCUGCAGUCGGAGCACACGUUGGUAUAAAAUUCACGAUCCUCGUUUGGGCUAUGACUGAUCGUCGGCAAGAUAUAUCCAUCGACACGGUUGCUGCAAUGAUUCAUCGGAUUCUUAGGAAACAAGAGAGAUCGGAAUAUCUCAAGCCCGAUUAUCGUUUUCGGCUAAUCAACACGUGGCGUUCGACCUUACCAGAAUGCCAAGAUAAUCCACUCGCACUCUGUGACUACUCUACUAUAGAGGGCUGCGAUCUCGUUGCUACUGACAGGGUGUACCCUACAUGGGUACAGGAGAUCUACCACCUGAAAUAUAACAAGAACCAAAAGUGGUACUGGUUGCCAAAACAACGUGCUAACGAACCGUUUCUAUUCGUGACCUACGAUAGUCAUGCCGGUUCAAAUGCAAGAUUGUGGACUGUCCACAUAUCUCAAUACAAAACCCCCGUGCUGGGCCGAAAGUACCACCUCGAGAAAGUGUUGAGACUCGCAAUUUGA